CUUUUAAAAAAAAAUCAGAAAUUCCUGCGCUUUCUGCUCUUGAAGAAGAAGAAGACUCGAAGAACAGGAGGAAUCUCAACAAUGGAAGAAGAAGCAAUCGCAGGGACGAGGUACUGGUGGUGCCACAUGUGUACUCGAACGGUGGAUCCACUAAUGGAAUCUGAGAUCAAAUGCCCCUUUUGUGCUAGUGGGUUUGUUGAAGAGAUGGCUGACGAGGAGGAAGAGGAGGAAGACUCUCCAGAUGGACAUGAUCACAGACCAAACAACAACUCUCUCUUGGCUCCCAUCUUGAUGCAGCUCAUGAGUGAUCCAGAUAAUCAAAACGACGAGGCUGAGACCGAGAAUGAAGCUGGUGGAAACGAUGUGGAUUCUCAGCUCCAAGAGAUUCUCAGGAGAAGAAGAGGCAGAAGUUCCGUUUCCGUUAUGCAUGAGAGUAAUGGCGAUGGUGGUGGUAGAGAGAGAGGACGCCUGAUCGUGGUGUCUGCUGGUUCUUUGAGUGAUGAUUUCAUCGGUCCUGCAUUCGAAGCCUUGCUUCAGCAUUUGGCAGAGGAUGAUCACAACAGAUACGGAACACCUCCUGCUCAAAAAGAUGCUGUUGAGGCUUUGGCUAGUGUCAAAAUCGAAGAGGAGGCUAGACUACAGUGUUCAGUGUGUUUGGAUGAUUUUGAGAUUGGGGUGGAAGCGAAAGAGAUGCCUUGUAAACACAGGUUUCAUGGUGAAUGCUUGCUCCCUUGGCUUGAGCUUCAUUGUUCAUGCCCUGUUUGUAGGUAUGAGUUACCUUCGGAUGAGACAAGGACGGAUUCCGCAAGAACAGAACCAAAUGGUAACGAUGGUGGAAGUGAGUCUUCUUCUUCUACAAGCAGCCAAGGAAGUGAGAACAGUCACCACUCUGAGCAAGAAGAAGAAGAGGAGGAGAGCGAUGAUGAUGGUGAUGGGAUUGAGUUCGCAAUUCCAUGGUUGUUUACCAGCUUGUUCCCGUCGUCCCAAGGCAGCAGCGAUCCAUCGACUGAUACAAACUGAAAGGAGACAUGUUUCUUGAGGCUGGCUUUUGAUAUGGUCAUGAAACCACGGCUCAACCUUAAACCUGUUUUUUUUUGGGCUGUGUACAUAAGUUUCCCAUGUUUUGUUGAAUGCGUUACUCUUUUGGUACACAAAGAUCUAUUAGUUUGUGUUUAGCCCCCAAAGUUUUAGGUUAUUAGUAACACUUCACUAGAGCUCCUUGUCUAUGCGCCUGAAGAACUUAUAUUACACUACCUCUCUCCGAUUAAUCUUACCGCAAAGAAAGCAAAAAUUAUAUGAA